AAAAACAGAUGUUUUCAACCUCAUUUGUGUUGUUACGAGUACGGCAAUUUUAUUAAAACGUUAAUUUUUCAAUAAAAAAAAUGUUAAAAAAUUUAUGUAAACAACAAAUCAACCUUUUGAAAACUUGUGCAAGUUUACAACAACAAGUCCGAACAACAUUCAUCCUCAAGCGUAAAUACGAACCACCUCUACAUAAAAUAAAUCAAAAACCCGAGAAGUUGAGGGGUAGACAUCACAUCUAUGAGCUGGUUGAAGAUACAACAACAACAAAAGCCAAUAAUAUCGAGGUUGUCCUAAAAACAUUCGUCGAGGGUGUGGGAAAGAAGGGCGAAGUAAUUUCGGUGAAACCAAAUUUAGCCUACAACAAGUUAUUGUUGCCCGGCUUGGCAGUAUACAAGACAGAAGAAAAUAUUGCCAAAUAUGCCCCAACGGAAGCUGAUAAAUCCCAAGUUGAACAUAGUUCUCCAUUUGCACAAAGGACCGUAAAUAUGCUGGAACGUCUUAAUCUUGCUGUGGUUAUGAACAAAGAUCAUCCAUGGGUAAUUGAGCCCUGGCAUAUCAAGGCUUCUCUGCGCAAAGCUGGUUACAUUUGCAAGGAAGAAUGUAUUACUAUUCCCAAAGAACCUAUCGAAGGACCUGAUCUAAAUAAGGAAGGCAAAGAAUUCUAUUGCACAGUCACAAUUAAUAACUUGGAAAAGGCACGUGUAAAGUGUCGUAUUCAUCACUGGAGUACAGAUCCCAGUGAGCGUUUACCUUAUGUUUUCGAGCAUUGGAAACUGCCUUCGGAGCCUUUGUUUGGUUCAGCGGAGCCUAGCAGCGAAGAAGUUAAAAAAUAAAUAAAAUGUGUGAGUCUUAUAACGAACAAUGAAAGACUCGUUAAAAUAAAAAAAAAUUAAAUUGAAA